GAUGUGGAAGAGUUGAAGCAGAAGAGGUGACAGAAAGCGAUAUACGUUCAAAUAAUAUAUUUGUUUUGCAGAAAAAAGCGUAAAUGAACAAAAGGGUAUAAUAGCGCGAAGAAGAAAAAAGCCUAUUCCUCCCCUAAAGAUCUUAACUUUUCACGUGUCUUGCCGGUCCAUCGUCAUUGCUUCCUGUGCAGCCUCUCUCCAGAAAAAAAAAAGAAAGAAAGAAAGUUGAGAGCAGUUAGACAGAGCACAGAAGCAGCAGCGAUAUCCGAGCUCGUGCGGGACGCUGCCUGAACCAUGGAAAUCUAAUCCAAAAGGAACAGAAAGGAGAUCUUUAAAGCGCGACUAACGGUGACCUUGAACACUUUAGACAGAGCCAACAAUGACAGCCAACAAGAAUGCCAAAGUCCCUCACAAAUCUGGAGGAAAUAAAAUACAUCGGGACGUUCCUGAAAGGUGCCAUUCAGCAUCUCCACCUCCUGUCCUUUCUCCAGCCAAAGUUCCUACAUAUCCACUGAGUGAUAGUGAAGAGUUCUUCCAAAAGAGCAGAUAUGCCAAAACUCGAUUCCUAAGUCUCUCAAACUGGAGUAACAAGAAUUCAACACUGAGGAGUAGCCCCAUACCUAAUUCCGACAGUGAUCCUCAGAACAGGCUUUUAAAAUCUCUCAGUAUUGGUUGCCUGGAUACAAAGAUUCCAAGCUGCAAAAACCUUGCAGAAAAUAAAGACCAGAAAGAGAACUUACAGGAAAGCUCACCUUCUGAUGGGAUAAGCAGCAACCAGUUGGGCAGGAACACACUCUCCCUACGUUCUAGUGCAAACCACAAGAGUCUGUCUCUUAGCCGGACCAGCAUUUCGUCUCACUCAUUUGGCAUUCAGAAAAGGAUUUCUGAGUGGGAAGGCAGGAAUGUAGCACCUUGUAAGAUGAGUCUCUGCUUAGACAAGAGACCACUUGGAGAAAGAGUGGGCAGUGAGGGGUGUCCAAGCUUGCUGUCAUCUCCAUGCAGUGAAAAGACUUUUGACUUCAAAGGGGUUAGGAGAAUGAGCAGAACCUUCUCUGAGUGCUCCUACCCAGAGACAGAGGAGGAGGAGUCUCUAGACAAAGAAACUCCCUCUAGGUUUGAAAAGAGAUUGAGCAAGAGUGACAUGCCUAACACUUUUCAUCGCUCAAGCCCAAGAAAAGGGGCAUCAGCUGUGCUAAACAGGAUACAAAAAAUUGAGCAGGCCCUGAAGGAAAGCCCCACUAGUGCUCCCCCUCAGUUUCCAAGCAGCUGCUAUGGCACAGAUAAAGUAAAUAAGAAAUCUUUCACUAUAGGGACCCCUGAGGAUUCUGAAAGCAUUUCCACCAGCAAAAGGAGCAGUAUCAGUUCUGUGAUAACUGAGCCAGAUUUAUCACCUGGAUCAGAGAAAAUAACAAAAAUUAAGCAAAGAUUCAGUAUGUGCUCUGGAAGAUCUUGUAGUCCUGAUUUGCUUCUGGGAAAUCCAAGUAAUACUGAAGUCAACCCUGUUCCAAAGCCUAAACGCACAUUUGAAUAUGAAGCUGACCAGUGCCACAAGGAAAUGCCAAAUAAUGGAAUACCUCCCACUCAACUGACUGUUUCUCCUCCCCCACUCCCCUCCACUCCUGCUCCUCCUGUAACACGGAGACAGAAAAAGGAUGGUAGCUUCCCCAGGAAGGGGCAGAACAGGAAAUCACUAGAGUUUGAGGAUGCUUCCAGUCUUCAGUCCUCAUAUCCAUCCUCCCCAACAGAGAAUGGCACAGUCCCACUUGAGACUCAAAGUCGUCUCAGCUCAAAAGGCACUUUAGAAGAAAAUGCUUAUGAAGAUAUUGCAGAGUCAAGCAAAGAGAACCCUUACGAGGAUGUGGACCUAAAAGGCCGACAUCCAGGAAGAAAGUCCAAGAUGUUAUCUGAAAACUCUAGACAUUCACUGCACAGGAUGUGGACUCCUCAACACAGGAAGUAUACAACAGCUCCACAGCUCCCUUUGAAGCCCAGUAGUCAGUCUCUUCGUUUACCUGGUGCCUCAGAACGCAAGAGCCAGCAUAUCACACGCCUUUCAAAGAGACAUAGCCAUGACGACAUGCUGUUGUUGCCACAUCUUGGUAUGUCUUCUUCCCCCUGCUGCUUCAACGAGGACAGUCUGAGCACCACCAGCGAGAUUCUUGGGACACGCAGGACUAGGAGGAUCCCGAAACUUGUUCGCAGGAUUAAUUCCAUUUAUUGUGCAAAAAGAGGAAAAAAGCGGCUGAAGAAACUUACAGUGUCAAAUGUAGAGACCUCAUCUUUGCGAGAUGAGAACAGUGAGAGUGAGAGUGACUCAGAUGACAGAUUUAAAGCUCAUACACAGCGUUUGGUGCAUCUGCAGUCCAUGCUGAAACGGGCUCCCAGUUAUCGGACUCUGGAGUUAGAGUUGAUUGAGUGGCAGGAAAGGGAGCUGUUUGAGUACUUUGUGGUGGUAUCACUGAGAAAGAAACCUUCCAAGAACACCUAUAUCCCUGAAGUCUCCUACCAAUUUCCUAAGUUAGAAAGGCCAACCAAGCAGAUGAGGGAAGCUGAAGAACGGCUAAAAGCUAUUCCACAAUUCUGUUUUCCUGAUGUGAAAGACUGGAACCCAGUCUCGCAUUACAAUAGUGAAACCUUUUCUUUCAUGUUGACUGGAGAGGAUGGAAGCCGGAGAUUCGGAUACUGCAGACGAUUAUUGCCAUGUGGUAAAGGUCCUCGUUUACCUGAAGUGUACUGUGUCAUCAGCAGGCUAGGAUGUUUUGACUUGUUUUCAAAGAUCCUAGAUGAAGUGGAAAGGAGAAGGGGGAUAUCAGCAGCAUUGGUUUACCCAUUUAUGAGGAGUGUGAUGGAGUCACCAUUUCCUGCACCUGGGAAAAACAUCAAAGUCAAAACCUUCUUACCUGGAGCUGGAAAUGAGGUCAUUGAACUGCGCCGCCCUACGGAUUCUCGCCUGGAACAUGUGGACUUUGAUAGCCUCUUUAGCUGCCUAAGUGUUCGCCAGGUUAUUAGAGUUUUUGCAUCUCUUCUGCUGGAACGGAGAGUCAUAUUUGUGGCAGACAAACUCAGCACCCUGUCAAGCUCUGUUCAUGCUGUUGUAGCUCUGCUGUAUCCCUUCUCUUGGCAGCAUACGUUUAUCCCAGUGCUUCCAUCAUCAAUGAUUGACAUUGUCUGCUGUCCAACUCCUUUUUUGGUUGGUUUGCUCUCCAGUUCCCUUCCCAAACUUAAAGAACUGCCUGUGGAAGAGGCCUUGAUGGUUGACUUAGGAACCGAUCGCCUCAUUAAACAAAUGGAUGAUGAAGAUACUCUUUUACCAAGAAAGCUGCAAGCUGCUCUGGAGCAGGCUCUGGAACACAAAAGUGAUCUGAUCAGUCAAGAUUCGGACAGUGAAUCAGAUGAAGAGUUCAACACGCUUAACAAUCUGGUGUCAGAGGCUUUCAUCCGCUUCUUCCUGGAAACCAUGGGACACUAUUCUUUGUUCUUAACUCAGAAUGAGAAAGGGGAACGAACCUUCCAAAGGGAAGCCUUCCGCAAGUCUGUGGCUUCCAAGAGCAUUCGUCGCUUCUUAGGAGUCUUCAUGGAGUCACAGAUGUUUGCUGGAUUCAUCCAGGACAGGGAACUUAGGAAAUGCAGGGCCAAAGGUCUAUUUGAACAGAGAGCUGAACAGUACUUGGAUGAGCUGCCGGAUAACGAGCAGAGCGGAGUGAACAAGUUUCUGAAGGGCCUUGGAAAGUUUCUGCACAAGAAGAAUUAAUAAAGAAAGUCUACUGUAAUACUCGGCUUUGAAGCUUUAUGUACAAAAACAGCUUUUCACUUGUAAAAAGAAAUUUGUAUUUUAUAACUUGGAAUCAACUACUUUCUUCAAUACAGAUGUACCCAAAACCUUUGGGAAAAUAAUGUACAGUAUAUAGCGCCCUGAAAUAAUGUUACAAAAGAGUGGCAGUCACCUGUUUGUAUAUUGUUGAAGACGUCGGAAAGCCAUGAGGAGGGGAUUAGUCAAGUACCCCAGUGACCACCCAAAACUGUGCAUCUGACUGUUAGAGAAAAGACAACCACUGACUUUGGGGGCUUGUGGAGCGAGUGAAAUGUAUGAACACAACCCCAAACCACAUCACAGUCGUUACCUUUUGAAGAUAUGGAUUUUUAUAAUUCUUUUUUUUUUUUAAUUUGUGCACACAGGAUAGCGAAGUAAUUUGGUACUAGGAGUGAGUAAAACUUGGGACAGCAGAAAACCAUGUUAUAUUUUUAAUGCACUAUUUUUCAGAUAUUCAUUAUGAAUAAAAUAAAUGCUACUCUGUAGUAUAAACACUCAA